AUGUUGCCGGCCACCAAAGCCCUGCCCAAAGAGAUGAUGCCGGUUGUAGACAAACCAGCCAUACAGUACGUCAUCGAAGAACUUGUAGAAGCCGGCAUCGAAGACAUUCUGAUAAUCACGGGCAGAGGCAAACGGGCCAUAGAAGACCACUUCGACCGCAAUGUCGAACUUCACAACGCCCUGGCAAAGCGGGAAGACCGCUCGAUGCUCGCAACCCUUGAACGCAUCGAGCAACUCGCCGACAUCCACUAUCUCCGACAGAGAGAGCUUCUUGGUACGGGUCACGCCGUCCUCAGGGCCCGCAAGCACGUCGGUGACGAACCAUUUGCAGUGUUAUUCGGAGACGACCUGGUGGUGUCCGAACGUCCGUGCAUCGGGCAACUGAUGGAUCAAUUCGGCAAAUUCGGCGCGUCGAUUCUGGCCGUUAAAGAGGUGGCUCCCGCACUUGUCGGCAGCUACGGCGUGAUCCAAGCCGAAUCCAUUAACGGGGCAUAUCUCGUGAAGGGCCUGGUGGAAAAACCCGACCCGGCGCAGGCACCCUCAAAUCUCGCUUGCCUCGGUCGGUAUAUCUUCGAACCCGAUAUCUUCGAAUUUCUGGAUCGAAUCACCCCCGUGGAAAAUGGCGAGUAUCAACUCACCGACGCCAUUCAGCUGAUGAUUCAAUCUCGACCCGUGUACGCGUGCGCAGUUGAAGGGGAUUGGCACACGGUUGGAGACCUGCUCUCGUAUCUGAGAACAACGGUUGCAUUUGCCCUGGAGCACCCCGCCAUUGGUGAUUCCUUCCUGGAAUACAUGAAGACAACCUGUCAAUCCCUGUUUUCGGACGUCGAGAAAUCGCGCCGUCGCUGA